CUCGACUCGAAGCGAUCUGUAGACACACGUAGAAAUAGACCACACACCGUUUACGGAUUUUACUCAGUUAGCCGCCUGCAUUUUUCCGUACGAAGUACCUGCAUAGAUCUGCAUCUUAACAAUCUUACUUCACGCUUUCGGCGUAGUUUACAAUUAAACAUUUUUACCUUUGACACACUAAUUAGCCAUUUUUUCCCUGCAUCAGAAGUUUUUGAUUUGUGUUUUACAGGUGUAAAAGACACGAAAUUAAGCUAACAAUAAGCUCACCACUUGAAGACUCCAAGAUCAACUGAAGGUACUGAAGUAUAAACUUUGAUUGCUGUCCUCGUAAGCUAUCUCUCUGGUCUUGAUUCGCGUUGUCACGCCAUCGAAACCGCGGUCCCUCGAGGAAGGUACUAGAACAUUGUCAAACUCAUCUCUUUGCCUACCAAUCGAUGAAAAUGCUUUUUCCAACUUUUCUGCUUAUCGUGGCGGGGCUUCCGCUGCUGGAUGGCGCACGACCCUCCCGACCCGCGGCACUUUUCAGUCCUAAGGUUCCGGCGCGCCUGCAGCAGCCGUGGUCCGCCCGCUAUGAGCACUGCAAGAACGCGGCAGAGCGGGAGCGCAUGCUCGGCGCGAUGUCAGGGGAAGCACUGGCAACCGAUGUGCACAGCUGCGUGGACGUUGUGAAGACCGGACUGACAAAGCGCGGGUACGUCGAUAACGACGCGAUUUCCGCUUUGGCACGCGCCAUCCACGCGGAUAUCGAGGUUUUUUUCGUGUUGGACAAUUUUCUCCUGAACUUCGCGGGCGACCGCCACUCGAGGCCGAAGGAGGAUUUCUGGGCCGCGCUGAUGCGACGCUCCGCCACGCCGCCGCGAUCGAACCGGGAUCAAGGGGGUCGGGAACCGCAACCCAUGCUGGUAAUGGAAUCUUUACUCAAACGCUUGGAGGAACGGAGGUCGCGCGCCGAACGUCCAUUGACCACAUGGCAUGUCCAGCGGCUUCUGAAGCCGCUCUACAAGUACGCACUGAAACCGGCCUUGAACGACCACAUGUACGCUGACCGCUUGCGGACCGAAUGGUUGCCCAUCUAUCUAGGCGGUCCGAAAAUUGCCUCAAAGGUAGAAAGACUCUCGCAGCCGGACAACUAUGACAAAAUCUUGAUCGGCAUUUUUCAACUGUUUCGCAAUUCCCUCACCGGAUGCUUUGCGCGAGCCAAAGCACUUGGGGCUCCGAGCCGAUCACGAUCGCCGUCCGGCCGAUCGAGACCGAAGUCGGUUGAACGGGUAGAGUACGAUGUCCCGUGCGCGGAUGGUAAAACGCCGACUCCGUUCAAUCGGCACAAGCAGCACCUGCAACAGCUGCGCAGCGUGAAAAACCGGGAGGCCGAGCUCUAUUCCGCCGGCAGCGUCCGCCAGCUGCACCAGGUGCACAACCGCGGGCUGGCAAACCGACUUGAAGAGGUGCCAGAGCGCAUGGCCGUGGUGAACGCGGUUUUGGACGUUCUAAACGAACACCCCGAACUGCUGUCGUGGGGUUCUCCCGAUGAAAGUAGAAUACCCAGCACCUGGCUCUUUCUCGGACCUCUGGCGCAGUUAGCGGCCAAACAACCGGGGAAUUUGGCGAAGAAGAUCAACCUGGUGCUGAAGCGGUAUGUGAAAUCUUUGAACACCAUCGCCCAUAACCACGGUGGGCGUCGAGGACCACUGCCGAGGCAGGCCGGGGGACCAGAGCGGGCGGGUCGUCGGGGACCUUCGGCGGAGCGGAAUAGUAAGAUCGCGCCGAUUUCGCGGAAUCUGGUUAAUGUUGAAAUUCAGCCCAGCGUACAGCGCAGCAAGUCGGAUAACGGGGGCGGUGUCUUGAGCAAGAGGCACAAGAGUCCUCACCAGGGACGAUGCCGGAGGCGUUUCGCCAACGAAAAUCAAGAGAAUGACCCGCGACUGCUGAACCAAACUAACAGGGACUUAGCAGCUCUCUUUGGGCAGCAGCCACCACCGAGGGCGGCGCCAUGGAUGCAGGUGGGUGCAGGAGGUACUAGCGAUGCUGGAUCGGAGGGCACACAACUGCCGCGUGACGAAACACUACUGCGUCCACGUGAAGGAACAUCAUUACAACGGGAGGAACAAACUAUGCGGGCAGAGCUGACGAUGGCAGCCGCUGCAGACGUUGUUCAGGUCGCAGAGGAUACUGACGCACCUCCACUCGCGGAAAGAACGCUCGAGGCGCCUCGUGCAAGAGGACUGGGGCGCGCAGACGGGUCUCUGGCUCCUCGCCGACACUACCGCCCACCCCAGCACCCCGCUGGACUCACCGACCUGAGCAGCAGUAGCGAAGGUACUAGCGAAAGGACCAGUUCUUUGGUGUACUCGGCCGAUUCAUGCACCGAACCUCAGCAGCAGUUGGAAAUGACCAUGGUUCCCCCGUCCGAAUCGCAAGGGGAGACGAGCUUCGCAACAACGGUACGCAGGGACAAUGUCGGAAACGCUGACCCGUCCUGGAUCAGCGAACUGAGCGGCGUCGUAGAGCUUGAUGGAUCUUCUGCAACACAGGAACGCUCUGAUCUGACAUCCCCACGACCGCACGAAGCCACGCUCCGCUCCGCUGCGGAGAUGGAUCAGGCGCAAACGCAAAGAUCCUUGCCGCAAUCCCCGCAAUUUUGGGGGGAAUUCCCUGCUCUGGACGAUGAUUUUGUUGGGCGGUACGGCGACGACGGGUGGUUGGAAGAGGCUCAUUACGAGGCGGACGAGUUGGUGGAAUCGAUCGAGCGCAUGUAUCAGGAAGCAAUGUUGUCAUCCGACGACUCGCUUGAGUCAGGGCCGUCAACUGUGUCGUCACUGAUGCUGCGCUGUGAAGCAUUGCUCCGUGCCAUGGACGGGGUGCGAUCAGAGAAUGAGGCGGAGCUGAGCGAGGAAGAGGCAGAAGAUGUUGACCAGAACGCCACUCGUGCCGCAUGGUUGGAAGAGCAAGACGAAGUGCUAUUCCGCUCUCCGCAGCUCAGUAUCGAUAUUCCAGAACCUCAACCUGAACUUUCCGACUCUCCUCGAUACCCCGACGCCGCCGUGCCAAUGGCGUUCCACCCAGAUUAUUACUUUGGUUCGCAGGUGGUCUCGCCGAUCUCAAUUGUCCAUCCGUCCGACGUAUCGGGCUUGCCAGACAGUUCCUUCGCGAGUGAUGUGGUGCAGCUGCAGAGAGGUGGCGGGUUGCUGACGCCACCUCCUGGUAGGAUGCAGAGAGGCGGGUUGGUGACACCACCUCCUGGUGGGCAGAUGCCAUUUACACCAUCGCCGUUGGGUAGCGGACGAUCUACACCUGCUCUAUCGACGCCGAGUCGAACACCUCAGCCGCGCCGCGGUAGGCGUCUCUCCGGUCCAACUCCGCCGUCAUCGGGUCCUUCUACACCGAACACGACCGCGAGGAACAGGAACCGGUCCGUGCCCAGUGUCCGUCCGAUCUGGCGAUGA